AUGCCAAUCACCUCACAUCUUCAACAUUUGAUUGUACAGUGUUCCGGUAGCGUUGGUGGCUUGAAAGUACCGUCGGUAGUGUUGGAAGUGGACGAUGAACCUAUUAUCCUAAAACGACUCGUCCUCCCAUACGGUCAACGGAGAGGUGUCCUGAAAGCAUUACAGAAAAUGGAGCAGGAUGGUGUGAUAAACAAAGUUGAAUCCAGUGCCUGGCCGACCCCGAUCGUCGUGGCGAUGAAAAGUGAUGGUGGGACACCACGGAUCUGUGGAGACUAUCGACUGACGUUGAAUCCCCGAUUGCGGAGAUGUGUAGCGAACACCAUGGAAUCAGAGGAUUUCAUGAAGUCAUUGCAUGGGUGCCAGUAUUUUUCGAAGAUCGAUUUGGCGGACGCAUACUUACAGAUUCCACUCAAUGUUGCAUCUCGCUACUUGACAACAAUCAACACACCGUGGGGA